AUGUUUAUUUUUUUCUCAGAGACCCCACAGCUCCGCCUGGUGAAUAGGGGCAGUCGCUGUGCAGGCAGAGUAGAGAUCCUUCACAAACAUUCCUGGGGCACUGUCUGUGAUGACAGCUGGGACCUAAAUGAUGCUCACGUGGUAUGCAGACAAAUUGGCUGUGGAGUGGCUCUUGAUGUCAUGCACAAUGCACAAUUUGGGGAGGGAUCAGGGCCCAUCUGGCUGGACGAGCUGAAGUGCACAGGAGAGGAGGACCAAGUGUGGAAGUGCCCAGCUCAAGGCUGGGGGCAUCAUGACUGCACACACGAUGAGGAUGCAGGUGUCAUCUGCUCAGGAAACCAGACCCAGCUGCUGCCCCAGUGCAAUGACUCCUGGUCAGACCCAGCAGGCUCUGCAGCCUCAGAGGGACACACUGCCAACUGCUCCGACAGCAGACAGCUCCGCCUGGUGGAUGGGGGCAGCUGCUGUGCAGGCAGAGUGGAGAUCCUGCAGCAGGGCUCCUGGGGAUCCAUCUGUGAUGACAGCUGGGACCUGAGUGAUGCCCAUGUGGUGUGCAGACAGCUGGGCUGUGGAGUAGCCCUGGAGGCCACCAUCUCUGCUCACUUUGGAGAGGGAUCAGGGCCCAUCUGGCUGGAUGAGCUGAACUGCACAGGAGAGGAGGCCUACCUGUGGCAGUGCCCUUCCCAGGACUGGGGGCAGCACGACUGCAGGCACAAGGAGGAUGCUGGGGUCAUCUGUUCAGAGUUCCUGGCCCUCAGGUUGGUGAGCGAGGACCAGGAGUGUGCUGGGUGGCUGGAGGUUUUCUACAACAACACCUGGGGCAGUGUCUGCCACAGCCCCAUGGAAGCUGUGACCUUGUCCGUGAUCUGCAGACAGCUUGGCUGUGGGGACACUGGGACUCUCAACACUUCUGUUCCUCUCAGAGAAGGUUCUAGACCUCGUUGGGUGGAUGGAAUCCAGUGUAGGAAAAUGGACACCUCUCUCUGGCAGUGUCUUUCUGACCCUUGGAAAUAGAGAUCUUGCUCUGCAAAGGAGGAAGCUUAUAUCAUGUGUUCAGGAAACAGACCCAAGAGCUGUCCAGCCACUGUACCCUGCACAGACAAAGAGAAGCUCCAACUCAGGGGAGGAGACAGCGAGUGUUCAGGGCGAGUGGAGGUUUGGCAUGAAGGCACCUGGGGCACUGUGUGUGAUGACUCCUGGAGCCUGGCAGAGGCUGAGGUGGUGUGUCAGCAGCUGGGCUGUGGCUCUGCCCUGGAAGCCCCAGGGGAGGCUGCAUUUGGCCCUGGAAAUGGAAGCAUCUGGCUGGAUGAGGUGCAGUGCAGGGGCAGGGAGCCCUCCCUGUGGGCCUGUGCUGCAGCACCCUGGGGACAGAGUGACUGCAAGCAUGAGGAGGACGCUGGUGUGAGGUGCUCUGGUGAAAGGACAACAGCUCACCCCAACCAGAGAAGCACCAGUUCAGCCUCAGCCACUGUCCCUGGCAUCUUCUCCUUACCUGGGAUCCUCUGCAUGGUCCUGGUAACCCUUCUCUUUCUUGUCCUCAUCAUCCUGGGAAUUCAACUGCUCAGAUGGAGACGACAGUGCCAAGCCUUAUCCACUUUUGAAGAUGCUGUUGAUGAAGUCCUGUACCAGGAGAUAGAUUACCCCAUAAAUCCAGAGAAGGAGAGCCUGCUGAACAGCUCAGAACCUCGAGGACAGCAUGCAGUUGCCACAAGCAAUGGUUAUGAUGAUGUUGAAGAGUUACCAGUUCCUGAAAUUCCUUCUUCCUUUGGAAUGAAAGAGAACAGGUUUUUCCCAGAAGAGGGAAGUGGUGCCAGGUGUUCUAAGACAGGUAGUUCUCUUCAGACCCUCAAAGAAGCUGACAAUUCUAACAUGGAAGACACAACAUCCUUAUUGGUCCUGAGACAAGAGUACCCUGGAUAUGAUGAUGUUGAGCCUAACACCAUGUAGUGCUUUUUGUUUUGUUUGUUGUUGUUGUUUUGGGAGCAAUUAAGUC